UUCAAGAGAACUCAAUUGACAACUUUUUGGCAGCUUUGAUCGGUGGUAUAUUUUUAACCUAACCUCAAGUGACAACAGAUCAAGCCGUUACCUUAUAAAUAAGAUUGAGUAUCUGGAUAUUCUGAUCAUUAUUUUAUUUUUCUCCAGGAAAGUGUGACGAUAUCAAACAGAAAAACACACUACAGCCAUGGGAGCAGGAGCCGUGACAUGUUUGAUGUUUGUAGUUGUUGCUCUGAAUGCAAUCGCUGCUGCAGCAGGACUGGCGUUAUUCGCAGUGGCCAUUUGGGUAGCAGUGGACGGGUAUAAACUCUACCCCAUAUCUGGUGUGUCGGGAAAAGAUGACAUCUUUGCUGCGGCCUGGAUUGCCAUUUUUACAGGCUUUGCCUUCUUCCUCACAUGCAUCUUUGGCAUCUUUGCUGCCCUGAAAAGGAGCCGUGCACUCAUGCUGGUGUACCUUAUCAUAAUGUUCAUCAUCUUUCUGUUUGAAUGCGCAUCUGCCAUCACAGCAGCAACCAACCGGGAUUAUCUGGUUGGGAACAGUAACUUUGUAAAGAAACAAAUGCUGCAAUAUUAUGGCCAAGACAGCACACAUGGAAAGCAGAUUACACAGACCUGGAACAGAGUGAUGGAACAGGUGGAGUGCUGUGGAGCAGACAGUCCUGAGGACUGGAUGCUGUAUAACUCCACCUUGAAACAGAUAUAUCCUACAUACAACUGGCCCCUCAGCUGCUGCAAGAGACUGAGCACAUUUGAGUUGCAAGAUCCAGCAGGCUGCAAGGUUGGCCUGACCAGCACCCUAUUCACAAAGGGUUGCUUCAACUAUAUUGAAUCUGUGUUAAGCCGUUACACCUGGGCUGUGAGCUGGUACGGUUUCUCAGUUCUCAUGUUAGUGGUAAGUCUAGAUGUCUUCUAAAGUACCUCUAUACAUUCACACAGGAUGAGUUAUUGUGUUUAAAACAUCUAGAUGGAACAAAAUGGUCUUCAGACACAUCUUCAAAGUUCUAACUACUUGAAGAAGAGAGAGAGAGAGAGAGAAAAAAAACGGUCACCACAAAAUGCUGAAAACCAGAAUUUACCAGAAUUGUGCAACCAAGACGUAGUGUGACGCAUGUGUACAAAAAUAGCACAGAGGGAAUUGAAAAAAUCUUCUGAUUAUUGACAUUUAAAGCUAAUUUUUAAGUGCAUUUAUAUUAAUAUUGUUAUAAGUAUACAUUUUUUUUUACAGUUCUAUUAUAUAAUAAAAAUGUAAUUGCACAUUACUAAAUGUAUUCACUAUUCUAAUGCACUUCUCUCCUACAGUUUUUCACAUUAGUGAUCGCUAUGAUCUACUUCAUGCAGCUGGAAUAACUACGGUCUCCGCAUGAUACGUCUGCCAACAGCCCAGAUGUUUCCACUCUUGC